AUCAUCAAUCUCCACAAACAUAUCCAAGGAAUCACUAAUUAAUCCUCCAAAACCAGACAUAUAAUUAACACUGACUUAAAAGCCUAUAAAUACGUACUGCAUUUGUCUUGGGCAAUACCACUACCAAACACAUUCCAAGAAAUGGCUCAGCCGUGCACGAGCUCUGCAACAUCAACCCUGCUUCCGGUAACCCCAGCGAGACUGAGAAAGAUGAUGCUAUGGACAGUGUUGGGAGUGAUUUGUUUUCUGGGAAGAGCUGCAGAGUGCCGGAGAGGAAGGAUUUCGGACUCGUUUGAGUAUUCGGCCAUAAGUUGCAGAGCUCACACAGCAUCGAUCACAGAUUUUGGAGGGGUGGGGGAUGGGCAGACGUUGAACACCAAGGCCUUUCAGGAGGCAGUGCAUCAGCUGAGUCAGUACGGACCCGACGGCGGAGCUCAGCUCUUUGUUCCGGCCGGCCGAUGGCUCACCGGCAGCUUCAACCUCACCAGCCACUUCACUCUCUUUCUCCACAAGGAUGCUGUUCUUCUCGCUUCCCAGGACAUAACAGACUGGCCGGUGAUUGAUCCGUUGCCGUCGUACGGUCGGGGAAGGGAUGCCGCCGGUGGGAGGUACAUCAGUCUCAUUUUUGGAACCAACCUCACUGACGUCGUCGUCGCAGGGGAGAAUGGCACAAUCGACGGGCAAGGAGAUCUAUGGUGGCAGCAAUUUCACAAGAAAAAGCUAAAAUACACUCGCCCCUACCUCAUCGAGAUCAUGCACUCCAACAACAUCCAGAUCUCUAAUCUGACGCUCCUUAACUCCCCAUCCUGGAACGUUCAUCCCGUCUACAGCAGCAACAUUAUUGUACAAGGCAUCACAAUCUUAGCUCCAGUUACCUCUCCAAACACUGAUGGGAUUAACCCAGAUUCUUGCACAAAUACAAGAAUUGAGGACUGUUACAUUGUGUCCGGAGAUGACUGUGUGGCCGUUAAAAGCGGAUGGGAUGAGUAUGGAAUAGCCUACGGAAUGCCAACCAAGCAGCUGGCCAUCAGGCGGCUGACUUGCAUUUCCCCCUACAGCGCGACCAUCGCACUGGGGAGCGAGAUGUCAGGCGGGAUCCAGGACGUCAGGGCCGAGGACAUCGUCGCCGUCGGCACUGAGUCGGGCGUCAGGAUCAAGACCGCCGUCGGCCGGGGAGGAUACGUGAAGGACAUAUACGUGAGGGGCAUGACCCUGCACACCAUGAAGUGGGCCUUCUGGAUGACCGGAAACUAUGGCUCCCACCCCGAUACCCACUACGAUCCCAAAGCCGUGCCGGCGAUCCAGGGCGUCAACUACCGGGACGUGGUGGCGGACAACGUGACCAUGGCGGCCCGGCUGGAGGGGAUCUCCGGCGAUCCCUUCACCGGAAUCUGUAUCUCCAAUGUGACAAUAGGCAUGGCAAGGAAGGCCAAGAAGGUGCCCUGGACUUGUGCUGAUAUAGAGGGGAUCUCAAGCAGUGUAACUCCACCACCAUGCGGGCAAUUGGCGGAUCAGGGUCCAGAGAAAGCUGCUGGGAUGUGUGAUUUUCCUGAAGAUCCUCUGCCUAUAGACACAGUGGAGAUCAAGAAAUGCUCUUACUCUGCAACGAACUACUAUGUAUGAACUCCCUCUGGAUGUGGACUAGUUACUUGUAAUAGUUUCAUUCUGAUCAAUAUUGCUAUCUUAUUGAUGUACCAAAGCCCUUAGAAAAUAUUCAAUGCAACUAAUUAAUACCACGUUAUCAUAACGACAUAA